AUGGUGGGUGGAAUUGCAGUGAGAGAGAGAAAGAGGUGGGAGAUCCUGAGAAGAGAACAAGAGUGGAAGGUGGUGAGCCGGAGAAAAGGAGGUAAAGCUCACUCAUAAACAGGACUGGUCUGGUCAUUAACGCUCAUACAGCACAAUCUUCUAUGGGCCAGUGUGUUUAUGGUUUUGGGUGGCCCAAGACUGAUGUGCAAGGCUUCAGUUCUCGUUUUGUUAGUGUAUGACUUAGGUGCCUUAUGUCCGAGGAUGAUGGAACAUAAAAACAAAACUUUGAACCGGACACAAUGCUAUAGCACCCGGAAAAUAGUCUUCCAGAAGGAGGGGUAUAGGAUUUGGGUGGUCCAAAAUUUAUGCUUCAGUAUAGUAAUGUGUAGGGACGUGGGUGGCACUGUGGUGUAAACCACUGAUCGGAAGGUCGGCGGUUCGAAUCCCCGUGACAGGGUGAGCUCCCAUUGUUCGGGCCCAGCUCCUGCCAACCUAGCAGUUCGAAAGCAUGUCAAAGUGCAAGUAGAUAAAUAGGUACCACUCUGGCGGGAAAGUAAACGGCGUUUCUGUGCGCUGCUCUGGUUUCACCAGAAGCAGCUUAGUCAUGCUGGCCACAUGACCUGGAAAACCUGUCUGCGGACAAACGCUGGCUCCCUCGGCCAGUAAAGUGACAUGAGCGCCGCAGCCCCGGAGUCAUUCGCAACUGGACUUAACUGUCAGGGGUCCUUUACAUUUUUAUAGUAAUCUGUAAACAGUUACUUCCUUGCUUAGGUUGCUUCUAAACCUCUGGGUUGAUGGAUAGUCUCAUAACCUAUGACAAAGUAGAUAGAUGGAGGCAUUUCAAAUGAGAGCUGGCUUUGCACCAAUGAAUAAUUCCCCUCUUCAAGAAAAAUUAUGAGCAAACCAUUUGUGGGCAAUUUUAUAUCUGUUGUGUUGCCCAUGUAGACUGAAAUAUAUGCGGAUAUGGGUAUGGGAAGUACAUCUGGUACCAGAAAGAUAAGAUGGUUUUAGAAAUCAGCAUUCCAAGCAUGCAAACUGUCUAUAGAUAGUUAAUAUUUAGUCACUGGCUUGCAUUUCUAGAGGCAUUGUUCUUUUGUUCAUUAUGCCCAAGAGACUUCUUAUUUGCUCAACAGGACAUCUAAUGGAACGUUUCUUCAAAGAAAAGGAAGUGCUAAUGGCUCAUAUACGGGACAGCACUUCAGUUGAUUGUUCAGUGACUAAGGGCCAAUCUGCAGAGAAACUUCUCAAAGGUGCCCACUUAUGGCUCACAAGGCAUGUACACACAGAGACACAGAGAGAGAGGAGUUGUAAAAUUGAAUUUCUACUUUUAGUUAUUUCACUGCCUAAGUGAAAUGUGCAUUUAAACAGCAUUGGUUUUCUUUGCUCUGGGGUCCGAGUUCUUUUUCUACUGAACCGUGUCAGUAGUGUCCCACAUGCUGAGCAGGGUGGGAGACAUCAAAAUGAUAAUAAAAUACAUAGUAGGAGAAGGCCAGCCGUUCUCUGACAUUUAUUUUUCUAUGUGCAAAAGAUUUGCUUUGUAUGGAGGAAAGAUCCCCUUGGUGUGCUCUUUUUACUCACAAGAAACAAUCCUCGCUUGAGCCCAAGUAUGGUGUGGCAAACAGAGGGUUCACUCAAGGGAGAGGUACCAGUACUUCUGAGGAAUCUGGUCACUCACUGCUGCCACCAUCAAGAUCUCCCUUCCUUUGAAGUCCAAGAAGCUUCGUUCAGAGCUACAGGGCUGCGUUGCACUUUUCAAGCCUGUCAGUCACCACCAGCAUUUUUUUUUAAAGACUCCAGACAAGUGCAUAGAGAAAUGGUAAGUUGCAUUAAAAAGAAAAAAGAUAACCAAGGAAACUUAAGUAAUCCUUGAUCUAGAUUCUAAAGUUAGUUUCAGUAACUCACAUACCAGCAAAACAUCCUUCUUUACGUCAAGACAGGGAGAUAUUUCACUUUCCCCAGGCAGUGAACAUAGAGAAAUAAGUAUGUUCAAAACUAGCUACUUUGAUGUUUUGUCUUGGGUGGGAAGAGCUGGCAUGGGGGAAAGUCAGUCAUAUAGGAUUCUGAACUUCUGUUUUGCACAUAUGCUGGAGAUGGGUGCACUGAAGUCGUUAAGGGCUUUGUAUGCUAAUAAUAGUAGCACCUUGAACUUAGCCCAGUAGCAAACUGGCAACCACUGGGAGUCUGAGUAGCGGUGUUACAUACUGAAGGGGGUCUCAUGUCUGCCAAUAAUUGUGCCACAGCCUUCUGCACCUACCUGCAGUUUUCAGAUCGCGCACAAACAAAAUAAAAAUGCCCCCCCAUUCGUCAAGGGAGGGGGGCAGUCACACUGGUUUGUUAGUUUGAAAAAGGUACAUCGCAAACACAUGAGCAUAAUGUGGGGUGCUUAUCCUCAUAUUCCUAUUGGCUUGGGCAAGAGGCAGAGGCCACUAACAUAACUAUACACCAUGGGAAAUUUUAAAUGUGAGUCCUUUCAUCCUAGGGGUUACAACAGCAGAGGCUGCAGCGAAAGGACAAGGAGUACAAUAAGGACUUUUUAUAUUGUAAACCACACUGAUCUUCAGAUGCAGGGCGGUAUAGAAAUUUAAUUACCGUAUUUUUUGCACCAUAACACUCACUUUUUUCCGUCUAGAAAGUAAGGGGAAAUGUCUGUGCGUGUUAUGGAGCGGAUGCCUACGGGUGGCAUGGGGGGAUCUGCUGCAGUCGUGAGCAGAGGAUCCAUGGUUCCCCUUCCUUCCCUCCUCCGUGGCUCGCUUUGAAACAGCAGAGCAGGAGAGGAGCCGCUUACACAGGUGUAAGCCGCUCUUGUCUGGUUGGCUGCUUUAAACCGUGCUCUCUGCCCCUCUCUCCUCCCCACUCAGGUCACUAAAUAGCAGAAAAGCUUUUCAGCUCUCUAAGCCAGGGAGGAGGGAGAGAAGCAAAGCCUGCUUGUUUUAAAGGAGCAAAGCGGGAGAGGAGAGGAGCCUUCUCCCCUUAUACCCCUCUUCUGCAUUAUUAGCAGCAUCCUUCUCCACACACCCCACGCAUGCUCCUUGUCCCUUGAGUGCUCUUCCUUCCCUCCCCACUUAAAACGUGGUUACAAAGCACAGAUCCACAUGGAUCCUCAGGAUUUUUGCAUUGGGCUACCCCAAACUCACCGUCAGAUCACAUGUCUGUGGCCACAGCAUGAACCACAAAAAUCAUACAUCCACUGUUUCAUUUAGAAUAUUUUUUUUCUUGUUUUCCUCCUCUAAAAACUAAGUGCAUGUUAUGGUCAGGUGCGUGUUAUAGAGCGAAAAAUACGGUAAUAAUAAUAAAACACAUUCCUUAGAAUCUGGGGCUGAGAGGACAAGCUUACACUCCCAAAACAAACAUUUCUGGCACCAGGGCCCUCUUGGAGCCACACUGUUGGUCGGAGGGACUCAAAACCUCCAACUAUGUAUAUAGGCUACACAAUACCCUAGAACUAACUUUUAGAAAAUUAAUAUAAGAAUUUCAUUAAACGUAUGUUCUUUGAUAUAUAAUUCAUAUAGGUGGGACUUCCAGUGAAAAAGGGUGGGGCACCUGGAACUUUUUCUUUGUGAUGUAAGGAAGCCUAUUUGUUUUUAUACACUCAAAAUCCAGAUUCCAAUUAAUAAGUGUUAUUAUUGUUAAGAAAAAGGGAUGAGAAAGAAAGGUGGGUAUAAAUGAAAAAGAAAUCCAAUAGUUUACUUGCUUAGAUAACCUGUACUAGACACUCUUGCAGAGAGAUUCAAAAUCUUAUGUGCAAAAUGCAUGGAUCACCCAAUGACAAAGCUGAUAAAAAGGAUGAUUUUUAAAAAAAAUACAUAGGGAAAGGCCCAUCUUUUAUCUUGUAAGGUCAUGGGAGGAGGGGUUGACAGGCAGAAGAGAAUCCAUAGGCCUUGACAGUAGCCUUGGAAGUAAAUUGGUAUGGGGUUAUGUGGAAACGAGAUAUUAGCACUUUCUCAGCACUCCCAUAAAUACAUCAGAGGUGGCCUACUUAGACCUGGGGGGAAACUGGGCAGCUAAGAUGAGCCAUGGGGGGAAAUUCCUCUUUACACCUGGUAGACAAGACACAUCAAAAAGGAGGAAUUCCAUCAUAUGUGUUUGAGCAGUGCGUCAGUAUUUAGAGCACUUCCAUAUACAGUAUAUGGGGGUUUAAUGUUUCAAAUAGGCCACUGACAACAGUUAAAAAAUGAUAAUUGGGUAUUUUUCUUUUCAAGCUCUUCUCCACAAUGGACAACCUUUGAAAAAUCAGUGCCUGGGGGGCAACUCGUGGUUUGGUCCAGUCUGACCAAAACAAUACCACAUUAAUGCUAAAUAUAUAUUUAUAUAUAAAUCUGACGUACGAUUUAAACUUUAAAAAUGAUGCCCUUCUGGAAUCUGCCACAGAAGCAGAGUAAGCAUGCUGGCUUAGCAUUUACAGUCAUAAACGAAGCGCAACUACGGUAAAUACCCUUUCAAGUGUUUACUGGACCCUUUGCAACACUUACCAAUAACUUUGAAGAACUGGGAUUCAAACAAUGGAUUUGUGGCCUUGAGUUUAUCUUCAAAUGUCAUUAAACACAUUUUAGACAUGUGAAUGUAAACUUUGUAAGGAAGUGCAGCAUUACACCAUUGUCUGCAGCAGUGCAGGUUUAUAGCCCUGGUAGCAAAAGAUCUCCACUGGUGCCGUUUUUGUCUUUGUUGAGAUUUAUUUCUGCAGAGUGAUGGCCCACUUUUUAUAGUGCAGUUGUGUACUGUAGGGUAGAAGUAUGAAAUGCUGUUCCACAAUUUAAAAAAACUGUACAGUGUGCAACUUUUGGACCAUCCUUUGGAAUUAACAUUAUGCUGUUUGCAAUUGGUGAUGAGUCCAGAUAUGUUUGUCCUGAGCCCUGGAUUCCCUCCCUCUAUAUUUGACACUCUCAUUUAUUCCUUCCUGUACAGUUCCAUUCAGAUAUUCAGUACUUAUUGGUACUGAGCGUGUGAAAAAAUCUGUGGUAAGAUGUGCUUUGAUGCCACCCUGCAUCAAAAUACCAUUUAUGAUUUGAUUUUACAACACCUGCAGUCCAGUCCUAUACAGAUCUGCUCAAAGUUGCAUCAAGUUCAAUUUGGCUUGCUUACUCCCAUUUAGGAAGGGACAGAAUGACAGAUUUAUGAUUGUAAUUGUUGUUUCUGUUGAAAAGUAAAAUUCUGUCUCGUUGGCCUAAGUUUAGAGUUCUCUUGCAUCCAUAUUUAAACAAAACGUAUCAAAGAGAGCUAGCUGCUCGUGAUGUGUGAACACAUUUCUUCCACUUGCCUCAUGUAAACACAUUUUGUAUUGUUUCAAACCUAUUUGAGUAGAGACAACAGAGAGACAAGAAGAAAGUGUGUAGAUACAGCACAGGAAGUGACACUUCUUUCAAAUCAGUGUGUCUCCAGCCAUAUCAAAAACAUUGUUCUUUCCCUCGAACUGAAUGAGGCAGCCUGUAUGAUUCAAGCACAAAAUUCCAAGUUCUGACAAUAGAGAGUGCCAGACAGAUUGGAGACUUGAGUCAAAGAAACAAAAUUUCCCAGCCUCUUGGGGCUGGCAGGAUCCAGGGCUUCCUCACUUUCCACUAAACAUAAAACCCGGGCAAGAACAAAAAGAUGUUUCAGCAUCUUCUUAUUUCCAUACCCAAAGGACCUUUUCCUAGUAGAAAUGUUGUGCCAAACAUAGAUUUCAAUUCUUCUUUUCUACACACAAAGGAGUCAUUUAACUUAAUACCAAAAGAUUAAAGCAACACUCUCUCAUACAAGCACCACAAAACAGGAAACAUCUUAUGUUGGCUGCUGCCACCUCUUCCCACUUUUCCAUUGCUAAUCAUUUCUACCUUGAAAUGGUAAACAUUUCUAGUUUAUUUCUCCAUGUUUCUGAGCUUUGUUCAGAUCAGUAAAAGUUUUGUUUCUGGGUCUUCAGGAUAUAUAUUUGAGCCCAUACCUAAAUCAUAAGAAAGAAUGACAUACUUUUCAGAAAAGUAGGUUUUUCUCCCAACCAAAAUGACUUCAACAGUCAUUUUAGGAAAAAAUGGUAUAAAUAAAGUCCUAGUAGAUCCUUUGGUCUGUGCAUACUCCCCCCGCCAAACCUGCCCCUUGAUGGUCUCCCUUCUAGGGUUGCCAUAUCUUGAAGAUCACAAAAGAGGGCAUCACGAGCCGCUGCCAUCCCAGAUGGGCAUGUUGGCUCCCAAAGGAGAACAUCUCUGGGUUUUCCUGGACCUAUGACAACUCUACUCCCUUCUCUCCAAAAGAACUCACAUGUAGGGCUUAUAUUGUUAUGUUGUUAUGUUAUGUUUUAUGUUAGUAUGCAUGCGUGCAAAAUUUUGUCCUCACUCACAGCACCAUAUUACCCAAGUCCGCCCCUGCUAAUACUAUAUAAAACGAUUUCUGCAAAUGCUUUUUUUUGGUAGAAAUAUACGUAUUAUAUUUUAAAACAAUCACACAGCAAUGCUCCUCUAACACUCCUCCCUCAACAUGCCCCUACAAAAGACUGAGAGCGACUUUCAAAGAAAUAUCAGUAGAAAGUCCCUGCUUACAAUCUAAGAUACACAACACAAAAAGAAAAAGGAAUGAAAGAGAGAAGGAAAAUAUCAUAGGGGAGAAAAAGGGUUUAAUGGAAAGGAUCAAAUCUGAACAAUAAGAUUAUUGCUAAUAAUCUUAAUUACCCACUUUCCAGUGAAGCUGGGUAAGCAGCCAAAACAAGCAACUUGGUGGAAGUUUUACAGUGACCUUUUUCCUGAUUAUCAUCAGAUGUAAAAUCUUGUUUGGACACUGGACAGGAAAGGUAUUUCAUAACCAAGAAGCUUACAACCUGGUGGAGUUUCCUUCCUUUCUGGAACUUUACUAAUGAUGUAUUAUUCCAGUAAAGUUCCAACAUGGCAUUUAAAAAACUUCAGUCAAUAAAAGUAGGUUUCAGUGUUAGUGAUGCCUAGUAGGAAGCUCAUAAAAUCCACUAAGGGGAAAAUAUCAAAUCAUAAUAAAGCGCACAUUUCAAAUCACAAAUGAAUUUUCAGACUUGGGGGGGGGGUAUGAUUGAAAAGGGUUGCAUCAUUAAACAUGUCAAAGAUUAUUAUGCUACAUGAUUUCCAAUUGCAAACUACAAAGGGAAACUUAUAUUGGUAUUCCUAUAGAAAUGAUGCCUACCACAGGAACAAGCUCCUAGGGGCCAAAGUCCCUUCCCCCCCCCAAUAAAAUAUUUGAGGGGGCUGGGCCCCUCCAAAGUUGAUGGACAUUGUCAUUCAAAUGGUGUGUGUGUAUGUGUGCCACGUCUUGUGAUUGAUUGUGCGGGGUGGGGUUUACCUGGGCCCCUCUAAUACAGGUGUGCAGCCUGGGAGUCAUUUUGUACUCAAAGCUCCAUGGAGGUGCAGGUCAAUUCUGUGUACGCAGAACACGGCUCUAUCUGGUACGCAGGCUGAGACCCUACCUGCCCACAGACUGCCUCGCCAGAGUGGUGCAUGCUCUAGUUAUCUCUCGCUUGGACUACUGCAAUGCGCUCUACGUGGGGCUACCCCGGAAACUACAACUAAUCCAGAAUGCGGCAGCUAGACUGGUGACUGGGAGUGGCCGCCAAGACCACAUAACACCGGUCUUGAAAGACCUACAUUGGCUCCCAGUACGUUUCUGAGCACAAUUCAAAGUGUUGGUGCUGACCUUUAAAGCCCUAAACAGCCCCGGUUCAGUAUACCUGAAGGAGCAUCUCCACCCCCAUCGUUCAGCCCAGACACCGAGGUCCAUUGCCGAGGGCCUUCUGGCGGUUCCCUUGCUGCGAGAAGUCAAGUUACAGGGAACCAGGCAGAGGGACUUCUCAGUAGGGGCCCCCCACCAGAUGUCAAAGAGAAAAACAACUACCAGACUUUUAGAAGACAUCUGAAGGCAGCCCUGUUUAGGGAAGCUUUUAAUAUUUAAUGGACUAUUGUAUUUUAAUAUUUUGUUGGAAGCCACCCAGAGUGGCUGGGGAAACCCAGCCAGAUGGGCAGGGUAUUAUUAUUAUUAUUAAUAAUAAUAAUAAUUAAUAAUUUAUUCAAGUUGGCGCCCCAAUGCCUGCAUUCAGUAUAUAUAGGGCCCCUUUUCAGGGCCAGCCUAAACAGCAUAUGCAAACAUGUACAUAGGAUGAUGGCAUCUUACAUGCAGUUAACUUGCACGAUUUUAACUGCACACGGUUGAAAUUGCGCAAGGUAAGUCGAACAAGGUGGAGAGCGUAGAAGCUCUUUACACACUGGGUCUACUUCUGGCACAGAAAUGUAUUUCAAAAUCGCCUCCUUCCUUGCUGGCCAAGUCCCGCUUGGCACUUGCGUACCCUCCAAGUACCCCAACUUUCAAGGGACAGUCCUGGAAUUACAAAAGGCCAUCCUGGCUUCUGAUUUGAUCCCAGAAUGUCCCUAUUUCCUCCAGCAGCGCUGCCGCCACCAAGCUCGGGGGGGAGGUGCUUGUCCCGAGCGACGCCCGCUGUGAGUCAGCAUCCCGUUGCCUCUCCAUGGCUGCAUCCGCUGGCCUCCUCCGUUGGGCGGCUCCUAGUGGCUGCUAGAGGGCAGGCAAGGAGGAGGAGAGGCUGCCACUGCCGAGGCCCAGGGCUGAGGGGCAGGGCCGCCCUGGGGAGUGGAGCAGAGCACAAGGUGUCUCAAUUUAUUUAUUUUUAAUGCUUUGUGAGUUUGUGUAAUCCUGCCCCUUUCUAAAAUCGAUUUAUUGCUGUGUUUCUUUUUGUAACUCUGCCAAAAAAAAAUUAAAAAUCCAGAUUAAGGGAUUUUCUCCAUGGCCAAGAAAGGAGCAGCAGGGGGCUCGCUUUCAAACAUGUAAAAACAUUGGCAAUUACUGAAGUCCUGGAUGUGGCUAGGGGUUAUCAGACAUUGCCUUGUCUGUGUAGAUUAUCGCAGUGGCGUAGUGGAGGGGGAGUGGGGUCCGGCAGGGCUGUGGCCCCGGGCAUAUUUUUUUCAGGGGGCUCGCAACCAGGGGCCCCCAUGACAGGUUCCCUCGUCGAGGCCGGAGCUGUGGGCCUUUGGGGUCUGGCUAAAGCGUGCAAGGGAGCUGCCGAGGUAGCUUUCUCACGCAAUGGCCCAAUGUUGCCAGCCGGCUCCACUUGACCCCGGCUCAGGCUUGACCCCGGGGUGGAAGCGGUGGAGAGGGUUGCAGCAGCAGUAUUGGGCAUGGGAGUGUGCCUUCCCUCCCUGUGCCAGUUUCCGAGGCUGGAAUUGGACCGUCCAACUAUAAUCAUGUGUUGAUUUACAUUUUCCUUUCUUACAAUUUUAUAAUUGCAAACUGCUUAGAAUCCAUUUGGGCAUGUAAGUGGUAAAAGGUAAAGGGACCCCUGACCAUUAGGUCCAGUCGUGAUCAACUCUGGGGUUGUGGCGCUCAUCUUGCUUUAUUGGCCGAGGGAGCCAGCGUACAGCUUCUGGGUCAUGUGGCCAGCAUGACUAAGCCGCUUCUGGCGAACCAGAGCAGCGCACAGAAACGCUGUUUACCUUCCCACCGGAGCGGUACCUAUUUAUCUACUUGCACUUUGACGUGCUUUCGAACUGCUAGGUUGGCAGGAGCUGGGACCGAGCAACAGGAGCUCACCCCGUUGUGGGGAUUUGAACCGCCGACCUUCUGAUCGGCAAGUCCUAGGCUCUGUGGUUUAACCCACAGCACCUCCCACGUCCCAUUCAUGUAAGUGGUAUACAAAUGUAAUAACAACAACACCACAACUCAGCCCAAACCUGAGCAACUUACAUAAAUCCUUUCCCCUCUGAAACCUAUUUAUAAAAAAAAGUUUGAAAAUUUGGAUUUGGAAGAAAAUAACACAAAGAACAAUUUGUAAAUUUGUUUCACUGAAAUAGCAGAUUUUGAUUCCACCAUGUGAGUUUCUCUAGUUUAGAAUACAGAACUUGCUUACGAAACAAACACAAUUCCAUUUGCAGCUACAGCAGCAAAGAAACUCAAAUGCCUUUUUCUUUUCUUUUUUCCUGUUAGGACUGAUUUCUAUGUCCAGGAAUUUAAAAAAUAGCACAGAUGCUCACCAGUGUUUUGAGAAGGAAGAGGCAGGGAGGCUGUCUGACUAAUUUAGAAACAUGGAUAUUCCGGGCAAAUCAUUUUUUUUCCUACCUAGGGAAAUUCUCACUCCCCGCCUCCUCAGUAA